CGCUCUGUCCGACCGACAUUGCGCCGACGAUCAACCACCACGAUUACUCUUCGCCCGCCACCUGUUUCUCCCGUCUGGCGACUUCUCAAAAGCUCUGUUUCGACUAACCAUGAACGGCCACAACGACGAGACUCUUGUGAAACCCGAGCGUCGGGCGUCGCGCUCAGUAUCCCGCUCUCGUUCUCGCUCACGCUCCCGUAGCCCCCGCAAAUCAAGCAGCCGUCGUAGAAGCUACUCUCGAUCUGUCUCCAGGGACAGGCAUUCGUCAAGGAGAAGGUUCGGUCGAUCUCGGUCGCGCUCGCCCUCUCCUCGGCGUGGUGGACCUCCUCCUCGACGUGGUGGUCCUCGAGCAGGCCAACCGGAGCCGGAGCCCAGCAAAGUUCUUGGCGUUUUUGGAUUGAGCGUCCGCACGACUGAACAGGAUUUGGAAGAGGUAUUCUCCAAAUAUGGCGAGCUGGAACGUAUUACUGUCAUUUAUGAUAAGCCUGCGCAUAGCGAGGACAGAGGCCCCACCAGAUCUCGUGGGUUUGGCUUCAUCACCUUUGCCAAACAGGAAGCCGCCACUGCCGCGCGCGAGGCGCUCAAUGGCAUUGAAUUGCAAGAACGUCAGAUUCGUGUUGACUAUUCUUUGACCAAGCGUGCGCAUUCCCCCACUCCUGGUCGUUACAUGGGCCGCGAGACGCGGGACGAGCGCCGAGGAUACCGCGGUGGCGGUGGUGGCUUUGGUGGAGGGUACGAUCGCGGAGGAUAUGACCGUGGGGGCUACAGGCGGGACUACGACCACCACAGUCGAGGCAGGGAGCGCUCUUACUCGCCUCCUCAUCAUUCAUCGUCUCGCCGCCGUAGCCCAACCUACGACCGCCCUUGAGCUGUUGAUUUGAUUUGCAUCAACCUUGGUGUUGGGCGUUCGAUUUUUCAUUCUUGUGCACCGGCCCGGCGAUAUGGGGGGUGGAUUUCUCCACCGUUUUGGGAUGGGAGUAGUCUAGGAUAUCAUACGUUCGCCCCAUGAUUCACACACCUUAUUCUGGGACAAACUGCGUAGUGUAACAUACAAAAACAUACAAAAAACAUGUGCUUAUUGGUUUUUCUUUCAA